GGUCCUACUAGGUUCUGAACCUGCAGCCUACAGUAUUACUGUUAAUCAGCUGAACCUUGUCGGACCCUGGUUCCACUCCUCCCUAAUUAUUAGCAAAAUGAAGGGCAAGUAACACCGAACCCCCCUCUCCUCAAAACACUGCUUCAAGUUUGUAAGAUCGAGCUAAAACACAGGAGCUCAUGAUCAAUGCCACUGUAUCUGAUUCCACCAACACCAACAUGAUACCCGGAGCAGAGGAGUCCCUCCUUCUAGACGAACAAGACGAUAAUAUCUCACAAGCUAGCUCCGCCUCCUCAAAUGGAUCUACUACGAAUCCUCGGGAACCUACUCCGGAGAACCCGAGACCGGAUGCAGGGGAGAAUACAAGAACGACGGGAGAUGAGGAUGACGAGUGGAGUAAGCUCCGGUGUGAGUCCCUCUGUACAGAGGAGCUCGCGAGGAAAGAGAAACAGAAAGAAGAACGGAGGAACAGACAAAAUCGAUGCGCAGACUAUCCAGGCUUUGCAUUUGGUUCUGCCAUGUUUGGUUCUGAUACUACAAUGAAGUUUAAUAUUAUAAAGAAUGAGCUUCAUAACAUUAUGAGGUCUCAGCUCAAGCGGGUGGACGGAGAGGUUAACGCUCUGUCUUCUAGGAUAAAAGAGUUCGACAAGAAACUCGAAGAAUCUGAGCGUUUAAUCCGUGAAGCAACUUGCGCCCUCGCUGAGGCAGUUACUCUGCAGAUUGAAGAAUCUAAAAACCGAAAUAAAGAAGACGAAAAAGAAUCUGAACUCUCUGCGUUCGAUCAACACGUUUUGUUUUUGGAAGCUCAGCUCCGAGAGGCGAGGAUUAAAGCCAGUCUGAGUUUUCAAAUCCUAGAGGAUUGCAACCAGGAACAGGAUCAUUUACUUGGGAUCCGAUCCAAUCCUCUAGAUUUAACCUCCUCUAGUGAUUCUCAGAUAAGCACCGCUUCUAUCCCAUGUUUAAACUCUAUGGAAUCGUAUUCAAACUCAAAUAUAACUUUAAAUUCUGCUUCGCUAACCUCUAGUGUUUCAUCAACCAGAUCUGGGAUUGAUGAUUUAUCUCCGUGCAGAGUUCUAGACUCACCAGUUCUCCCGUCCUCCACGUCACAAGCUCCAAACCUAUCUAAGUAUACAUCCAGUGCAAUUAUCCCCGUCAAGUCGUCUUCCGACAAGUUGUCAGAACCUAAUAAUAACGUGACACUAGACAACUCAGAUUCAUGUUUGGACAAUAUAAACGCAAAUGUUACCCAGGUGUUGUAAACACCUUGUUCUAAGACAUUAAAUGUCUGAAAGCUUGCUCUAACCCUGCUCGGAUUCAUUCUCUUUCUCUUGCUUCUCCCCCUAUACCAUCCUUCUAACCCAACCCUGCAAUAUACCGUAGAAUCAAGUCACUUCGUCGUUUUUACAACUCUGCAGGUUUCAGAAUUAUAAGAUGGAGAUAACAGUCAUAAUACUCGACCAAUGUCGUUGCUUCUUCGUCAUAAAUCAAUUAUUUUUCUAGAAUUUAUUUUGCUCUUUGUUGACUUUAAUCAUAGUAAUCUCCAAGCAACUUUUUCACAUUUAACAAGUUAUUUUACGAAUCUGUUUUUUAUCCUUUUUUGUAUUAAUUUUGACAUAUUGUCAUGAAGGAAUAUACAAAUUUAAUCAAUACACGACUAAUGAGAGAAAAAAUUAAUAUUGUAUUUACACAUAAUACCGUUUUAUUUUUCUGCGGAAGCCUAAUGAACAAGAUAUAUUAAUGAAUAAUGCAGGAAAAUUUCACAUCUGAUUUUACUUAGUUUGCUUAAUCUAAGAUUCCAUUUCACCACUGGUCGCGUAAAAAACGAAAAAAACGACACCGGAAAUUUCCUGAUCGUGUUCUUAAUGGAAAUCUUAAACAUGGUGCUAUUUACUGUUAUGUUGAUGUUCACUUUACUCUAGGUGCCUUUAUAUGUAAAUAAUUAAAGUUAAUUUAUGCAUAGAUAUGUUAAUUUAUAACGAAAUAUAUACCAGCAAUAUGUAUUA